UUUGAAAACUACCCAUGAGUGGGGCUUUAUGCUCUGCCCUCUCUGCGUCAUCUUCCUUCACGUGCUCUCGGUGACCCAGCGGUACCGGUUGUGAAUGUAGUUGCACAUCUUGGCUGACAGGAAGAAUGGUUCUAGGACUGUUGUAUACUUGCUCCGCUGAAAGCUUGACGAGCGCGUAUGAUCUCAUGCUAGUGAAUGAACGGAUGUCGCGACUAAGACUUCUUCAAACCUCUGAUCCAGUCUUUCGCCAUAUUUACCCUUCGCCGCAGGAGUGGGGAAUGUCGUCCAGAUCGUAUAGAAUAGAGCAUGGGGCAUGGAAGAGAGUGUCUGUAACUUAUAAGGAUAUCUCGUUACGUGCUUUGGUAUCGAUGCGCGAGCGGAUCUGCCGUGUCAUUCGUGCGGGUGUUGUGUGGGUGAACCCAAGCAUCUCCGUAUCAGCGUGUUUCCUGCCAGAAAUGCAAGGCCGCAUCGCGAUAUCAAUCUUGGGUCGACAAAGACAUCGUCUUCCCCAGGGAAAUAACAACCAAUGUAAAGUAAGCGAUGAUUGCGGCUGCUUGCAAAGAUGUGCGUUCGAACCCCCGGACUUAUUGCCGAGGCCCAGUAGUGGGCUCUUCACCGUAGGUCUGGAGGUUUCAAUACUGUGCCACGAGUGAAACACAGGAUUUCAUGCUCCUGUGUACAAGUAAGGUGGAAGUCGGCUCCCUGCAUAUGUACGCCCUAGGUCGCGUGACGCGCCCGACCGCCGAUGCGUGCCCCUCACGUAACCGUGCAGCACACCAACAGGCUGCAAGUUGGGAACCUCACUUGCGCUGUCUCACCGGAGCCUGGCAAGCAAUGCGAGCGAGACCGGAUGCAUGUUGUUGAUGAGCUGGCAACUCAUGACGCCGCCCCAGCUGAAGUCGCCAAGCGCUUGAGUCGCUGACUACAUUCGAGUAGUUCGCUCGUCACCGCCAUCAAGGGAACUGGCAU